AUGAUCAAACUCAGGACUGAGUCCAGUCACGAGGACGAGAAGGCGGAAAGCUGUGUUUAUUCACUUUCGGUCGUGGGACUUUACAAUGUGGGCGAAUCCUAUUACAGUCAACUUCGUCAACACGAGGGCAAUAUCAGCGUCAAUUUGCCGUAUUUGGACAACUUGGAGGCCGAUUUGGGUCACGAUCUCGAUCACACGCAUAUGACUCAGGCGUUCAGUCAAUUUGUGGGCGCCGGUACCCAACGAGCACCAGCGAUUGAAUUUGGCACUCUGAGCUCUCGAUCUGGUCAGAGAAUGCUAUCACCGACGGAAUUGGCUGGUCGUUUGAAACCUGGAGUGAAAGUCCGGUUGCGUGGACCAUUAUUAUUACGUAAUAAGGUCCUUAUUCUACCUGCCGGGGCGUUACAAACACUAUCACAUCCCCAAUUUCAAGUGCUCGGAGGCGAGGUUGAUGAAUUGCUGGAAAGUCCAGACGGUGACGUUAUUUAUCAGUUGGGGGUACUUCUGGCCAAGAAGAUGGAUAUUGCCAUAGGUGAAGAUGGGGCACUGCCUUCGUGGUUUCCACGUGUUUCGGCCCCUGCCAGGGCAUUGGAACCACAUGACAAUAUUGUGGUAUCAGACUCCAUGAAUAAAUCCUCUGGUGUUCAUCAGCCACCUCCAACUGCCUCAGAAUCUCCUGUUAUGGAACCGUGGGGUGAUGAUGGAUUUGACGAUGCGAUGCUCAAUCAAGCCGCUCAAAAUUUAGAGGAAAAUCUCACUCGACCUGCUCUAGAUUGUAUGAACAUCUCCGCCUCGCCCCGAUCAACGAACACACUGGUAAGAAAUACCUUCUCUCCGACCGUGUCUACCGCUGUGGAUGAAUUUGAUCGCUCACUGGAAGACGAAGUCGACCCGGAUGUGUUUGCAGAAGCCAUGCAUGAGCUGGACAGCACACUUGCUAAUCCACCGAAAAAGACCAUAGCAUUAGUCGAGGUCGACAAGCCGGAGCGUGACGAUAACCCGGCCUGCACAUCUCGUCCGCUUUUCUUCGAUUCAAAAUCCGAAACUGACGUGAAACCGACGCCAAAAUUAACAUCUUCAUCAAAUGCAAAAGAAUCCGAUGAUCUUCUGCCCCCGGCGCCGAAACGGAAACCGUGGGAGCGUAAAACACCGAAUCCCUCCCGAAAGAUGAUCCCAGGGACCUCUAGUGCAUCUCUCAAACCAGAUUUAUUCCAAGAGCCUCUUCAAAUAAUUCCAGCGAAGGAUUUGAAGUUUCAUCCGUUUUGUUACAUUGAUGAUAUGUACGAAGAACUUCUCCGAGCCAGUUCCAACUCAUCUGCGCCACCGCGGAAAGUGUACACCAUUCGCGGUUUGCUGAUCACAUUGUUAUCCCCACUGGAGCAUCACCAGGGGACUCGGUGGACUUUGGCCGCCCGCCUCGCAGACGGUAGUGCAGUGGUGGAUGUGAAUAUCUCAUCUGAUUUGCUAACCGAAUGGAUCGGUCUAACCGCAGCGGAGAGUGAAUCACUGUGUCAGCUGAGCCGUGCAUUAACCACAGGAAGUGGAACAGGCACUAAUCCUGUGGCCAUACAAGAGGCACAAAAACAUCGGGCUCGCUUGCGAACCGCUCUUGUCAAUUGUCAAUCGCGUCUAUCCAAUCUGGCCGGUCUGUUUGAUUUGACACCACCUCCACUCGUUCGUACGUCCUUGUGCCAGUCGGAUGCCGAGUCGUCCGAUCAGGACCGACCUAUUCUAGUGGCUUUUCGCGACCUCGAUGGCAAUUGGUUACGGGAACUACACGAUCGCGUGCAAUCUCGUGGCACAUUUGGCACGCGAUCUGAUACAACCAAUUCCUGA